AUGAGAACUGCGUUGCUUGCAGCGUUGGUCGUGGUGGCCGUGGCUGCAGUUACUGCCCAAUACGGCGGCGGGGGAACUGCCUCAGAACGUGGUGCCUUGAUCCAAGAUGCUGUCUCUGAAGCUAAGACACAUGCUGCACAGAGAGCAGAGGAUAUAAAAGCGAAGGCACAGGCGGUCGGAAAAGGCCGGGCAAGGAUCACCAGCAAACACUACAAGCAGGCCUCAAAGGAGGCACGCAGGCAGGGAGAAGCCCGCCAGCUGUUUGAGAACAUGGUCCAGAGAGCAGAGAGGAAACUGGCCGAGGCACAGAGGAAAUCCCAAGCUGGUGCAAUGAGUUCACAAGCCAGAGCCGAGGCACUUGCCAGUGAACUGUUCCACAGACCCGGGUCGUUGCUGACUCACGAGGAGAUCUCUACGUUGAUGACGGAGGCGGGGUGCAGGGCCAGGGAGGAGGAAGAAUUCGAGUGCUUUACUCCAUCUUUCCAACGUUUCCGGACAAUCGACGGCGUUUGCAACAACCUCGAUAAUCCGCUGCUCGGAGCUACCGACACUGCGCUACCUCGUCUUAUCCCCUCCCAGUACGAAGACGGCAUCUCUUCGCUGAGAGGCAACAUCCAAAACAGGCAGGGUGGACUUUUCAACACUACCGCAUUUGUGCCACCCAAUCCCAGUGCGAGACACGUCAGCCAGACUGUUAUAUUGGACAUCCCCCAAGACGAGCGUCUCACGCACAUCCUCAUGCAAUUUGGACAGUUUAUCGACCACGAUCUCUCACUCUCGCCUGAACUGGAAGACGAGUGUGCCGAGAGAGCCCAGCACUGUGAGUUCACCGACAUUUGCCAGCCCAUUCGGGUCACAGACCUCGACCCCGUGUUUGGAGCGGGUACUUCCAACAACGGUGCCUGCAUUGCCUUCUCGCGUUCUCUCGGGGCAUGCCCAGAUCCCGAUGAGCCUCAGGUGAACAGGGGAAUCGUGCCUCGGAAUCAAAUCAACGUCCUCACGUCCUUCAUCGACGGAUCCAUGAUCUACGGCUCAGACGAAGAAUUCGCUAACAAGCUAAGAUUAAUGCAAGGAGGUUUGCUGAAAGAGGGAGACGCACAACCCACGAAGAAACCGGAACUCCCUCGUAUCUUAAGAGCCGAUAACAUCAGGGAAGACGGAGAGGUGUUUGUUGGGUGCCCUGAGAGCGCCGAGGGAGAGUUUGGGUGCUUCUUGGCUGGCGAGUUCCGAGUCAACGAGCAAAUCGUCCUAACUGUCAUGCAGACCCUCUGGUUCCGUGAGCACAACCGAGUCGCUCGUGAGCUUGCCACACUCAACCCAAGCUGGAACGAUGAGCGACUCUACCAGGAGGCCAGAAAAAUCGUCGGGGCCAUCAUCCAGAAGAUUGUCUAUUAUGACUACCUCCCGAGAAUAUUAGGGAAGCGAGUUUAUGACAUUGUCGUCGGGGAGUACCUUGGAUACGACCCUAGAAUCAACCCUGGUGUCAACAAUGCCUUUGCAAAUGCAGCGUACAGAUAUGGACACACCCUCAUCCGACCGUUCUUUGACAGACUGGGCUCCAGCUACCAAAACAUUGCCGCAGGACCUCUGGAGCUUUCACAAGCAUUCUUUGAUUCAGACCAGUUUCGUAACAGUUUCGGUACCGAUCCACUCACCAGAGGUUUAAUUACUCAAAACGCCCGACGAGUCGACGAGUUUCUCACCUCCGUUCUGACCAGCAACCUCUUCCGCACUCACCUCGACCUGGCCUCCCUCAACAUACAGCGCGGGCGCGAUCACGGACUCCCACCCUACCCCACCUGGGAGCGCUACUGCGAGGAGACCUUCCCGGAGCUGACUUUUCCCGCAGAGUUCGAGAACACGCUCACCCUCCUCCGUUUCAUGGAGGUCUACGGCUCUCUAGACACAGUUGAUCUGUGGAUAGGUGGCUUGGCAGAGAGGAGAGAGGCUGGCGCACUGCUAGGUCCCACCUUUGCCUGUCUCUUUGGCAUCACCUUUGCCAAUAUCAGAGACGGUGACAGGUUUUACUACAAGGCUGAAGGAAUUUUUGAGCCAGCACAGGUGAACUCGAUACAGCAGCACAGCCUUGCUGCAGUCAUCUGCGACAACAGUGACGGUAUAACAGAGGUCCAAAAGGACGUGUUCUUAACAGGCAGACGUGUUGGCUGUGACCAGAUCCCCAGAAUCGAUCUCCGACUAUGGCAGGAAUCUGGCUGCCACUAUCGCGUCGAUAUCUCCGCUCGUCGCUUCGCUUUACCAAUCCGGUCCACUAGCCUGAAUCCGGCCAGUCUAUUCUCUCAAAGUAUUCCGGCUAGUUCUGACACUACCUCCAUUUGUGUGCCUGUUGGCUGCUCUACUCCUGGACCUUUCGGGACUCUCGUCGGAUUCUACCCAGCAGCCACAGGUAUUCUGGGGCGGUUCCUCCAAGUGAACUCCAACCCUCUGAUCCCUGUAAGCUUCGCCAGUCAGCCCACCUACACCGCAGUCUGGACUCCGCCACUCUUUGGCGGCAGUGGCACGGGGGUGCACACAAGUCUUGCUUCCUGUGAGAGUGACAAUACUCCUGCCUUGACCAUUGAUUUCCGUUCCUCGGCCCAGGAGAUCUCCAGCGAACAAGAGGCGCUCAUUGCACAAGCCAACGAUGAAGACCCAGCCGACCCUAGCUCAACCGAACAUAUUCCAGAUGACUUGGCAAAGGCCAUUUUAGAGUUCCAGAAAAAACUUCAAGCAACACCGGAACCUCCGACCGUCACAGCCGUGGAAGAUGCUGACGCUGAGCUCAUGUCUGACCUAGAGGCUGCGCUCAAAUCUCUCGAUGUCUGA